AACGUUUUAUUUUUAGUAAAUGAAGCCUCCACACAAAAGUAAAUUAAUAAUAUAAUAUUUCACAUUGAACCUCAUAAUUUCCAGAGUUCCUUGGAAGACUUUAAUUGCGCCUACCUCCAUAUAUGUGGUGGGGGGUCUGUGUCCACAGGGGAAUUGACUGGCACUUUUGCCCCCUGGCUGGGUGUCUUUCUUGUUGACCCCGCCUCCUAUUUCUCCUAUUUCUGCUCUAUCUGCACUUCUCGUGUGUCUCAGACAGCAGAGGACGCCCGCUUGACAAGAACAAUUAAGAAUUAGCCGUAAAAAGCAUCUUUGUAAUCUCUGAUCUCUGCUAAUACCGCGGGACUACUGGCCGGGAUUAACCUUUAUCUCUGAUUUUUUGACACCGUGGUUUUUAUGCUUCACUUCCUUACCAUUUAUUUUGUUUUGCACGAUGGGUUACGCAUUUAUUAGUUUUAGUCAAGUUCUUUUUUUGUGUGUGUGGCGAUUGCGGCUCUGGAAAGGAGCCACAUGAUGCGUCGCGGUGAUGAUCUUUUGGGCACAAGGGCACGGGAGCGCUGCCUUGUCUUGGAUUAAAAAUCUGUGAGCACCUAAACGCGACUCGUUUAUUCUCCGGAGACUCCCGAACUUGUCGGGCGCUUCUGAGCUGCCGGAAUGGACUGCGAGCUGAGGCCCAGGGUGUGCUACCUGGUCAAAACUGAGCACGGUUACGGGUUCCACUUGCACGGCGAGAAACUGAAAGGGGGCCAGUUUAUCCGCAAAGUGGAGCCCGGCUCCUCGGCGGACCUGGCCGGCCUGAGACCCGGCGACCGAGUGGUGGAGGUGAACGGCGAGAAGGUGGAGAACGACAGCCAUCAGCAGGUGGUGGAGCGGAUCAGAGAAGUACCUCACCGGACCAGGCUACUGGUAGUUGACCGACACACGGAUGACUACCUUCGCCGGUGUGGUCUGGCUGUCACAGAGAAUUUAGCCAUCGAGAUGGGGACCCUCUCUCCACGUUCCUCGUGGAGAGCCACACCAUCAACCUCCCCCUUACCUGGGGAGAAUUUGGCCAAGUCCCCUAUAUCCGACCGCACACUUCUUGCUGCAAACUCACCCAACCUUUUGAUCCCAAGAGGCAAGCUGAGGAGGUCUUCAGUCACCUCAAGUACUGUGACAGACGCAGAGCUGCAGAUGGAGGCCUCUCCAGAGCCGUCGACGGAGCUCCUCCCUCGCCUGUGUCACCUGGUGAAGGGGGACAAGGGCUACGGUUUCAACCUGCACAGUAAUAAGGCAAAACGUGGACAAUUUGUACGCUCAGUGGAUGCCGGUUCACCUGCAGAGAGAGCGGAUGUGCGUCCGGGAGACCGACUGGUGGAGGUCAAUGGGGUGAACAUCGAGGGUCUGAGACACUCCGAGGUGGUGGCCUUCAUUAAAGCAGGAGAGGGAGAUGUACGCCUCCUAGUCGUUGACCAGGAAACAGAUGAGCUCUUCCACAGAUUGGGAAUCACGCCCACAGCACGACAUAUGAGGAGGACAAUAUUUAAACCCCAGAAGCAGUUGAUUUUUAGGCUCGCUCAAGAAAAGGUCUAUGUGGACAAUUCAGGUGUAGAAGCUGCCUCGUCUGCCCCUUCCCCCACCUCCACUGAAGCACCAAUCAUACAUGUGACACUGACCGACUCUUCAAUCACAAACAUGUCCUCCAAACAGAGGGCCAGUGGGAGUUGUGCGUCCCAAUCCUCAACCAGCUCUACAACUCGUUCAGAGAUUAGUAGCUCUGACAUUAGUUUUCAGGUCCCCGAUGAGGACGACAGAAGAGUUUUGGACCCUUUUAUGAACAGUGGCCUGCGUUUGAGUCCUACAGCAGCUGAGGCGAAACAAAAGCUUCUUGCUCGACGUGACAAAAAGAGGGCGCCCCCUAUGGACUGGAACAAGAAACAAAAGAUCUUCAGCAACUUCUAAUGUCCCAGAGACACAAAAUAGAAGCACGAUUUGUUGCAUGAUUGUUGUUCCUACACUGUAGUUAUUCCUAAUUCACGAAUGAGAACAAAGUAGUGCAAGCAAUCACCAGACACUAACGAACAUGGUGAUAUUCUGAACUAUGCAAUAUACACAAUACUGUGUUGUUUUCUUUCAUUUAAGGGUGGAAGAAUUGUCUCCCAGAGUUGCUCUUAGCUUCAACUGCAUGGUUUGCACCGUUGGAUUGAAUGUUCUAGAUGACAAUCAUUUUAUUGUGGAAGGCUCUGUGACAAUGGUCACUUAGAAUCUCCACAUACGGAUACACGUUGCCAAGAUCAUGUUGGCAUCUUUUGGCACCCUAAAAGGCCCUAUUAUCUCACUCCCCAUUAUUCCAUCCCAAAAUAUUCCUCCACCUCCUCCUUGGUGGCAUUGCAGCCUUGUUGAGACAUGUUGACCAUCCCCAACUCCAAUCAGUGAAUUGUUUUGAGUCAUUCAUGUUUAUGUGUCCACUGCAAACGUUUCUCCUUGAAAGUAAUGGACAGCAGUGGUUGUGAUGGUGUGUUUAAAAAAAAAAAAAAAAAAAAACAGGCCUAAUGGGGAUGCUAUAAAUUAAAGGCCAUAGCUCUCUAACUUUUUGAACAGACUUUUAGAAAUAAAUUUUUCUUCAUGAUAGUCAUUUUUUGCAAAGAAUCUGUACUUCAGUUUUUGGAGGUGGGCAAAAAAAGAGUCACAUUAAAUCAAUGGCAAAAGUCUGCUCAAUACCAAGAAUACUGUAGACUAGGAGUUACCAAGAUGGCGCCCACAGGCACAAGAUAGCCCACAAGAACUCAGUGAGUAGCCUAAACAGAUACAGUAAGCAGUCAAGGGUUGUCACUUACCAGUGUAAGGAAGAAAUUUAAGGAAUCCUUAAACUUUCAGUCGUUUUGGUUGUCAAAUUUCAAACAAAGAUGCUGUACAAACUACAUUAAAACCAGACAAUAUAUUUUUACUGUGAUCAAAUAAAGACUUUUUUUUGCCAUGUAAUGUCAAUUGUGGACAUUAGAGAAUGAGUAGCAAGUUUUUUUUUUGGAUACGUAACUGGGAAGCAUAUGUAAAUUGAGAGAUUCUCCUUUUAAUGUUCAAAGACCAGAUUUUUUUAUUUUCAGCCCCAAAACAAAGAAGGCUGGGCUGGAGACUGGUGGGAACAUUUUUAUUACAAAACUCUUGCUUUGGUUCACAUCAUAGAUUUAAGCACACAAGAUUUUAAGCUCUGGCAUUCCCAUUCCCACACAACCGGGGAAAGUGGCUGAUUUAAGUAAACAACAAAAAUGUGUCAGUCUUUCCGUCAAACAUCAUGCUCUUUAUUCAAUAUAUAUACUGUAUGGAUAUUUUUUUUAAAAAAACCAUCCUCUCCACAUCUCGCUUGUUUACUCAUAAGUUCCCAUUUUUGGCACCAGUUUGGAAAACAUUCACAAUAACCCACUAAAAUGUAAAAUACAUCAUUUUGUACAAGCGUUAAACUUAAUUUGAUUGCAUUAAUAAGCGCAAACUUGGAUUUGGAUUGUCUUAUAUUUUAAUAAACAUUUUUGAAUCUCAAUGGUCACAGUUAAGGUCAAAUAGAAUGUCAGCAUCGAACCAUAGACGAUAACUUGCGAGAAGAAGAUAAAAAUCCCUUACCAUAAUAAAAAUGUUGAAAUUCACUACUUCUCGCACUGUAUAACAGAUGGUGUUUCUCUUCAGUACUGCUUUUUGGCCAUGUCCUAGCCCCCCCAAUAAAUAAACACUACCUUAAUGGGUAAAUGCCAGUUGUAUGGAAUCAUUGUAAAACAUGUCAAGCAUCCAGUUAUGCAGACAUGUAGCAAAAACACAGGUGGGGAGCAUGCUCGCUCACAGAUUAGGCUGGGGCAAGCAAUCAAUCUCUAGAAUUACAGUUCAAUUUCGCUCUUUAUGCAAACAUCUUCAAUUUAACUAAAUCAUGCUUAAAGGCAAACGACUUCUCAUGCAGUAUCUCUCGAACCGGCACGCACACAUACACACUCAAACAAGCAAUAUGGCAAGGUUAGUCAUUGUAAAAGUGCGGAUUAGUCGCAGUUUCACAAAGUUGAUUUUAUUUGCCAUUUAAUAUCGGGAUAGUUUUUUCUUUUUUUUUUUGCAAGUCAAAGACACUUAAGUUCACAGUGCAGAAUGACAAAACACUGACAUCAGGAUAAACGUGUAUGGGUAGGGUUUAAAAAAAAAGUCUGUACAAAAAAACAUCAAAUAAAAAGUGCAAAAACAACACUAACUGAAAAUGAGCAUUUGUUAUUGUGUAAUUACUUAUUAACAAGACAUAGGUAGCAGCAAAAAAAAAGUGGACUAGAUGUAAAA